GAGAAAGUGAAAGUACUCACAGUCAUUGUCUGCAUUAGCAGCAUUGAACAAGGACAUGAAGCAGCAGGAACAACUCCUCAUGGCUACACAUUAGUGAAAAUAUUGGAUUCAGCCCCAAAACAAAGGUUCAGCUCAUCUGCUAGUAGACAAAAGAUUAUGUGACAGAAGUAACCACAGGAAGUUGCAAGUUUCCGCAUUCAAGGCUACUGAAGACAAAGACGAGUGCUUCCCUGUGUCAGUUCACAGCUGUAGAGAAGUUCGCAGACUGAUUGUUUGACAUCCUGUGAAGUUCAAAAUGACCACACCUGUGCCAAUUGUGAAAGUCCUGAAAGACCACCUGGACGAGCUGACUGAGGUGGAGCUAAAGAGAUUUCAGUGGUACUUGGCCCAGAAUGAGAUAGAAGGAUGCAAAUCCAUUCUGCAGUCCCAGCUGGAGAACGUAACCAGAGAGGGAACUGUGGAUAAAAUGGUGCAGGUUUAUGGGAGAGACGGUGCUGCGGAGAUCACAGUGGACAUUCUCACAAGGAUGAAUCAUAAUGACCUUGCAGCGAGGUUAACUCAAGCCAUAAUGGAGGCAAACACGGAACAGCAGUCAAAUGAGCCGUCCACCUCCACUGUGAACGAAAUGCAGAGAGAUGCAGAUUGGACUCAGGAUCUGUCUUGUCCAGUUUGUCAUGAUAUUUUCACAGAGCCUGUGAUGCUUCAGUGUGGUCACAGCUUCUGUAAGACCUGCGUGCACAAAGACUGGAAGGGGGAACUCUAUCGGAAAUGCCCCCUUUGUCAGCAAGUUAUAGACCUUGAACCUCAGAUUAAUUUCGCUCUGAAGAGUUUGAGUGAAAACUACAGAAAGAGAGGUCAGUCUGAUCCCUCAAGAGGACACAGCAAUGACUCAGCGUCUUAUCAGACUCCUUCCAGGACCAUCAGACAGAAGCAGGAAGCUUUUGAAAAGGUCAAACAAUUUUGUGAUUCAUCCAUCAAGCACAUUCAGAGUCAGAGACGCACCACAGAGCAGAAGAUUAGGAAAGACUUUGAGAAGCUUCGUCAUUUUCUCAAGACGGAAGAAGAAUCCAGAAUAGCAGCAUUAGAAAAAGAAGAGACUCAGAAGAUUCGUAUGAUGCAGAAGAUCACAGAGAUCAGCAGAGACACAUUCUCACUCUCUGACACUGUGAAAGAAAUGGAAGACUUGGGGGCUGACUCGUUCAUACAGAACUUUAAGACUCAAAUGGAAAAAGCCCAGAGGGCACUGCCAGAUCCACAGCUACUCCGACAACCACGGAUAGAUGUGCCCAAACAUGUGAAAAACCUUAAGCUCAGAGUUUGGAGGAGGAUGUUGACCGCCACGAAGAGCAAACUGGAGGAAGGAGAUCGGAUUCAGCUCAAAAUUCAAAGAGGAGCAUUCACAGAGCAACAUGCAGCCAGCCCCCAGAGGCCAGUCCAUGGGUUUUCGGCAUCUCUGCGUCUGCCUCAGCGCAUUACCUUAUCUGACCUGCCCAUCCUGGAGAAUGCCAAUUGCUCAAAGCAAGCAUUUGCAAAGUUUGGUGUCAUAGCUGUAACAGAAGGUGAAGUUGUUGACAGUUCGGGGACUGAGUCUGAUGACGAUGAAGACUUGAAGGAUUCAGUCAUCAUUCCAGACAGCCCUCCCACAAAACGACACAGGCCAAAUCGAGACGCUGAGCAAUGAGGACGGAUCGUUGGGCAGUCCCAGAAAAUGUGGAAAUGGUCUGCCUGGGUGUUUCCACACUCAUUCCAGCAAUGUCCACUUCUUGGCUGAUCUUUCUGAUUGUUUUUUAUUUUUGGAGUGAUGAAUUUAUUCAUAUUUUUCCAUAUAAAUUCCCUCCAAUGACCUGAACUUUAAGUGUUCAGUUUUACAAAUAUUAAGCCAAUCAUCUUCUGAGAUAGUUAUUUUAGCUUCCUUCAUCCAUUUAGCUUUAACAGAAAGUGUGGAACUCCCAUUAUGUGACUGUAAACAUGAAUAGAUUCUAGCGAUCAGUUUUCUGUUGAGUUUAAAUUUGUAUGCGUCAAACAAGAUGUUAAUUAAGUCUGUGUGGCAUUCUUCUGUUGUUUUUAUAUAAAUAUUAAAGUGGGCUCUAACCUGAAGGUACCUGUAGAAGUUGAUUUUCUAAAUCAUGUAUAUCUUUACAUUUUUGAAAGCUUUCUAAUCCCCCUUUAUCAGAAAUGAGACAGUAAAUUGUUACAAAUUUAAAGGACCAGUAUUUAUAUCGCUCGUCCAUCUUGGCAGGAUUAAAAACUUUGUCAUGGCCCUUCCAUCUUAACAAUUCCAACCUGAUAUUGUGGCAUUCACUUAACAAUAUGUUCAAUGGUGUUUUUGUCCAUCAAUUUAAGCUUUCUUUUUGCAAUAAAUAUAGCCUCCUGUAACACUGUUCUGGUCUACCGGCAUUAUGAACAGUGCCCCAGAUUUGUUGACCUACACUCAACAGAGUUAAACUGCUGUUUGUAUGCUUCUUAUGUGUAUUUACUGCUUGUCUGUGUACUUUAUUAAAGAAUGAAGACUCCAA